AUGUUCAUCAUUGCCAAGAGUCAAGAGCCCACGGCAUGGCGCGGACCUGAGAUAUCCAUCAUCGUUGACCUCCUCCUCUCACACUCUGUAGACACGAGACCAAAAGUCCGUAAAAGCGCGCAAGGGUUCAUCGUGAGUUUGAUCUCGGAGGAAGGGCAGGCAGUGGAGGUAGCUCGAUCCUUCAUUGAGUCCAAGGUCAUGAGCUUCUCCUCCUCUGUCUUCAAGUCUUGUACUGGCACGGAGACAGUAACGGCGCUGCAGCUGCUGGGAAUGAUAAGAGAUGUAUCUCCCUUCUUUUCUGCUAAAGCCAUCCAGUCAAUCGCGCAGAACUUGGUGAAGAUGUUGAGCAGCGACAACGGGAAGAUGAGUCAGCAUGUCUACUCCUGUCUGGACUCGAUGAUGCAGGUCGGCGAAGAAGACGGAGAGACUGUCUGGUCGGAGAAGCUCUUAUCGCGGAUCAUUGCUGCUGGAGUAUCGAGCAGACCCAACGUUCUCUCGGGCUCUGAGAGCAUCGUAGCUUGCUUCAGGUUUCUUCUCACGGCAGUCGCAAAACUGCAGGAGAGAAGCUCCAUGGCUGCUGCAGAAGCUGCUUCCCUCGUCUUCGGUUCUGUGUCAGACUACAUGCUUCCGUCGCCUUCGGGCUCCGAUGAAAUUGCCGUCGCUGCUGCUAAUCUGCUGUGCGACACAAUAGAUGUCUGCAUUAAGUCAGACAUUGUUGAAGAGGCAGCAGCAAACAGCAAGGCUUCUACAGUGGUUGAGUCUGUUGUGUCUCAUGCAGUGGCGGCGCAAGGGAAGAAGGGGAUGACGCCGAGGGUUCAGGAGGAGGUGGAGAAAACUCUUGGAGCAGUAAUAGUGAAUGUUGGCCCUGAGCAUCUCCUUGCUCAAGUUCCAUUGUUCUCUGACCCUUCACACCCUGACCUGUCUGAGGCAAAUAACGUGUGGCUGCUGCCGGCGAUGAAGAAGCACGUGCGGGGAGGCAAGCUCGGCUUCUUCGUGAAAAACCUCCUGCCUCUCGCGGAGAAGCUCCGGACCCUUGCGAUUGCAGCCGAUGAGCAAGGAAGGCCAGUGGAAGCCAAGAACUUGAUGAUGGUCUUCCAUCAGGUAUGGGGGCUGCUUCCGUCUUUCAUGCUCGAGUCUGUCGAUAUUGCUGCCUCCUUCCCAUCUAUUGCUAAAACCCUCGGGGGUGCCAUCGAGUCUGAUCCUUCGCUGCGUCCCGCCUGCUGUCACGCGCUCCUAAACGGCAUCCGAAGCAUGCGGACCUUGAGCAGCAGCGAUCAGUCGAUGGAGGAAGAGGAGGAGGAGGAGCCUCGCUUGCUUUCGGCAGAGGAGGCGGCAGCUUCCCUCACUUGCCUGGCAAGUUUCGCCAAGAACUAUCUCCCCAUCCUGUUCAACACCAUCUCCUCAAGCUCGCAGGAGGAGAGACCGCUUCUGCUUGAGACGGUCGGGGAAUACGCCAAGAUCACAGAGAGUUCGAGACUCAACGGGCUCUUUCAAAACGUGAUGAAGAAGCUGCUGACUGCUGCCGCUGCUGGUGGUGACCCCAUGACCGAUGAACCUGAGCUGGAGGCCAACAAGGUUCUGCUCCUUGAGCUCUCUCUCGCGCUCAUGCCGGCGCUCGACGAGGCGAGCUCGGAGUUUCUCUUCAAGAGCUCGACGCCCUUCCUGUCCGACCCCUCGGGAUCCGUGCAGAAGCGCGCUUACAAGCUACUGCAGCUAAUGGGAGAAGAACAUACGUCACUCAUGCAGAGGAAGAUUGGAGACCUCCAGUUAUCUCACUCUCCUCUCAGACCGCCAUGA